CUUUUUUUGGUUCACUGCUUUGUUUCUUAUUAGGUAAGUGAUUGAAUCUAUCCAAUUUAGUGACUUCAAUUUAGUUUUUUUUUCAAAGAAUUGACUAGGGAACAGUUGAAAGAAGUAGUAAGAUGAAGAAGAACAAUCCGUUAGGAUUUAUUUAUUUAUUUUGGUGGAGAGGUGGGGGAUUUGGCUGUAACCUUAUUGCAUACUUGAAGUAUAGGGGAAAGGUAAACGGAGGGCAUUCACUUUAGGUGUACCCAAUUCCUUUAGACUCGGUAAUAUUGUGGAUGCUAUUCUUGAGAUAGAAAAAAAAGUGAACUUUCUUUGGCUAAUCCAUUCUUUUCUCAAAAGUAAGUUUUUUCCAUCUUGUGGGUUUUCUGUUUUAUUGAUCUUAUGAGUUGAAUUCGAUGUGUAUGUAUUACUUAUAUCAUGUCUUGGUUUCCCAAAGUAUGCUGGCCUUUUGACUAUAUUGUUGUUUUAGUUGUAUCUGUUUGACUGUGCAUUAUCUGGCAUCGGCUUGGAUGCUCUUUUCUUCAUUGUUCAUUUAAAAUGAUAAAUGUGGUGCAUGAAAAAAUUAUUUUUAACCAUCAGGUGAUGGUUUUUUUUUUUUUACUUAUUUAUUAAAUUCGAAAUAUUCAUAUUUAUUAUUUAAUUUUUUCGAUAUAGCUUAUUUAUAAUCUGUUGCAUUUUAGUAUUUAAUUUGAUGCAUUCCAUUAUUUAUUGUUUUAUAUUUCCAAUGCAUUGAAAAUUUACAUUCAUCUGUUGAUUUUAAUUUCUAUUUCUAAUUUUGCAGACUUUAUUUUUUCAAUUCUUUAGUUGAUAAUUUGUCCAAUAAAUAUUGGUCAUUUGAGGAGUCUCUUUUGCAUGCAUAUAAUGUUAUACCAGUCUCUAUUUUUUUGGUAUGACCAAAAGAAUACAGAUUUUAAUGGUUAAGAGGUUUAAUUUUAUUAAAAUGAUAAAUUUGUAGUGCAUGAAAAAAUUAUUUUUAACCAUUAGGUAAUGGGUUUUUUUUUUUUUUUACUUAUUUAUUAAAUUUGAAAUAUUUAUAUUUAUUAUUGAAAUUUUUUAUGUCGUCUAUUUAUAGUCUAUUGCAUUCCAAUCUUUAAUAUGAUGCAUUCCACUAUUUAUUGUUUUAUAUUUCCAAUGCAUUGAAAAUUUACAUUCAUCUGCUGAUUUUAAUUUUAAUUUUUAAUUCUGUGGACUUUAUUUUUUCAAUUUUUUUUGAUAAUCUGUCCAAUAAAUAUUAGUCAU